AUGUCAACUCGAUCGGGCAAGCGGAUCCAUAACUCUUUUCAAGAAGAUAGUAUUAAAGAAUUGGAUAAACAUAUUUUAAAAAGCGAAAGGAAGACUAGAAGUAAGCGAUUGAAAGAGAACUUUGAUGAAUCCGAUAAAACUGCAGUUCAUAAGAAACGGACGAAUUAUGUCAGUUAUCCAUCAAAUGAAGAUACCGUUAAAAACAGUAUGCUACCUGUGUUUGAUAAAAAAUCGAGAGAAUUCAUACAAUCCAGCCCAAAGUUAAUUUUGAAUGAGCAAAAUGUAAACCAUGUUACCACAAAUGUUGAUCAUAUUCAUUCUGGUAAGUCUACUAGACAGACCCGUCGGACAAGAAAAAACAUUGAAGAAAUAGAAGUUUCUACUAAUGGGCCUGUUGGAGAUGCGCCUAAAAACAAAAAGAAAUUGAAGAAAAAUAAAAAACAAAAACAGAAACAGGAAUCAUGUGUAAAUGAAUCUGAAGAGAUAGUUGUGAAGAAAAAAGGCAAAACAGAUAUAAAUAUAUUCUUAAAUAAAAGUAACGGCUCAGUGGAUUCAUUUCAUAGUGCUGCGGGCAGCCCUGUUCAGGAAUGUCAAUUUAAAUGUAGUGACUCUCUUAAAGAGUCUAAAGUAAAGUCACCUAGAAGAAGUUUGAAACGUAAAAGUGAGUUUAAUUUUGAAACCACCGAUGAUGGACGAAAUUUAAAAAAAUGUAAACUGGGUUACAGUAUUGAUGUUGACUUACAGAAAAUCCAUCAUAGUGCCCCAUCAGACAGUAGCAUUGUUUGUAACAUAAAAAAUGCCACAUUUGAUAAAUCCUGUGAAGUUCAAGAAUUAUUGAAUGCUACCUUUGAUAAGGAAUUAAAGAAUGAAAGAAAGUCAAACUUAAAAGAUACUACAUUUGAAAAAACAAGUUCUCCAUUGGUAAAAUUAAACUCUACAUAUGAGAAACCUGAUUUAAGUAAUGAAGUCAAUUUAACUUUUGAGAAUGACCUAAAAGUGAAGACUUUGAGAUCAAGUACUACGUUAUAUAAUACAUCACCCGUGCAAAAUUUGAACAGCACUUUUGAUAAAAGCAAAGACUUUGGAGAACCAAAAUUAAAUUCUACCUAUGACAAAGAGACUAAACUUACCACAACUAAUGAAAAAUUUAAUUCUGAAACCGUGCCCAGAAAAAAGAGUUCCUUGAUCAGCUCUGACAGUUCCACCGACUUAACAUUUGACAAACCGAAUGAUUGUUCUCGUGUUAGUAUUACAAGUGACGAAUCUAAUGUUGACAAUAUUGUUAAUGUGACACCAGUAUUAAUAGAAAGUAGUAUGGAUGAUUCCCAAAGGUUAGAUUCUUCCAAAGAAUCGAAUGCUACAUCUCUAUACAAACCUAGGUCGUCCAUAGGUUAUGAAGAUUCAAACUUAAAUUCUAAAUCAACAGCAACACCUUUGAAACGUGAAGGAACUUUCACGAAAGACUGUCCCGAAGUCUCGAUGUCUCCGAAACCAAAGCUAUCCUCCGAACGCACACCGGCAAAGAGAGCAUCACUACAAUCGGCCGGCUGCACUCUAUUCCAUGUCACCAAAACACCUCAAAAAGAGAGAAGUAUCUUAAAUCUUACUCAUUCAGUCGAGAAAAAGACAAGUCGUUCUUCUUUAGCAGAGAUCGGGCAACGGACAACUAAAGUUAUGUUUUGCAGUCCUGUUAACAUUCCUACAGUUGUCGCACAGGAGAAGAGGAAAAUAAUCAAGUCCAAUCUUAAAGGAUCCAACAAAAGCUUCAUACUCGAUGACACCGUGUCGGAGCAGCCGCGCAAGCGUUCGCACACGCACAGCGGGCGCACGCACACACGCAGCCGCACGCACACACGCAGCCGCCUCGCCACACACGUGCAGGCCUCCGUGGACCGCCUGUCGCGCCCGCGCACCUCCAGCGCCCUCGUCGAGCCCUCGGAGCCGUCGACUCCUUCGAAGAAGGCCAUCACACAGAAAAGCUCGACUCCGUCGAGAGGGCAACUGGAGGCGCGAGUGUCCCGCACUAAGCUCCCAAACUUCGCGGCGCUCCACCAGAAGCAGUUCGAGCGCAUGGAGUCGCUCGACGCCUGCCUCACGCGCCGCGCCGCGCGCGCCGAACGCCUGCUCGCGCCCCCCGCGCCCCCCGCGACCCCCGCGCCCCCCACGCCCCGCAGACCAGGUUGUUAAAUCUUAUUCUAAUUUAUUUACUAAUACUUAGUCAUUAUAAUUUAUCCAACGUUAACGCUUCCACUCGAUCAGUCUAUUAGAUUCUAAACUACAGUGGGACCCACAUAUUGAUAGAUUGUCGAGUAGACUUAGCUCUGCAGCAUAUGCCGUAAUGAAGAUACGUAGGUUAACUGACAUAGAUACUGCCAGAUUAGUAUACUUCAGUUACUUUCAUAGUGUUAUGUCGUACGGUAUCCUAUUGUGGGGAAAUGCUGCCGACAUACAAACAAUUUUUGUGUUUCAGCAAAGAGCAAUUCGAUCAAUUUAUAAUCUUAGGAUUAGGGACUCUUUAAGGGAGAAAUUUAAGGAAAUAGACAUUAUGACUGUUGCUUCUCAAUACAUAUACGAGAACUUAAUGUACGUUCGUAAAAAUAUUAAUUUGUUUUCUAUAAAAAGUGAUGUACACAUUUUUAAUACAAGAAAUAAAAAUAAAUUAGCGGUGCCUGUCACUAGACUGCAAAAAGUUAAUAACUCAUUCAAGGGUCUUUGUGUGCGCUUCUACAAUAAGGUCCCAAGCAAAAUACAACAAUUAGAUAUCAUGCAGUUUAAAUCUACUAUUACAAAAAUACUAAUUAAAAUAGCUUAUUAUAAGGUAUCCGAUUAUAUAACAGAUAAGAACGCUUGGACUUGAGAUGAUCCAGCGACUGGAUAGGUGAUUAUUUCUAAACUCAUUAUCUUGUUUCCAUUAUUAUUAAAUGAUUAUGUUAACAUUAUAAGACCAUAGUUUUUUUUUCUAUCUCUGUUUAUAAUGUAUUGAUCUGGUAAUGACAUGGUUUUUGUAAAUGUCAUUACUCUUAUUAGAGCUGGUGAGUUUCUUGCUCGUUGCUUGCUUCUUAUCAGCCAAAAGACGUCCUGAACGAGUGGUAGGGAAAAAAUGUUGGACGAUUCAAAAGUACUUUUAAGAAGUCUAUUUGAAUAAAGAUUAUUUUGACUUUGACUUUGAUCAUUUAUCGCUAAAUGUGCUAUCGAUAUUUAUGGUUUCUAUAACUAGAUUAUUGUCCGAGAUUGAAUUCGGAGCCAUUAAAAACGGUUAAAUUUAAUGAAAAGAGAGUAAUGAACGUCGAGCAAACGGAAGUGACGUGAUUCGUGGCACUCCCUUGUCUCUGGCUAGCCCACGAGGGAUCCGACGUGAAGACCUCUUUGAGUAAAGUAACAGUGGACGGUGUGGCGUGUGACGUGCGCCGAAUGCUGUUAUCUAGUGAUACAGCGAACGCUAUCACUUGCGAUAUCAGGCGGCCCGGGGAGCCCACUCGUUAUAUUUUAUCAAUCAUAUCUGGCGCGGUGUUAGGGGAACGUACACGAAUCGCAGAGCCGACAAAAGCGGUGAAAGAAUCGAAAAACUCGGAUACACCAAAAAAAGCGACGAGGGCGCCCACGACUGCGCCCGCCCCCCCUCCCCCCGCGCGGGAGUUGUCCCGACCCGGCGGUUACACGAGGUUCGGUUUUAAGAUGAACACAGACUUCAACCCUUUCAGUAUUCCCCCCAAAGAUCAACCCCAACCGAAGGCGAUUGAACCUAAGAGCCUCGGAAAAAGGCAACCGACAGUGCCUUCGUUGAACGGUUCCACCUCUCAGAGGAAGGAAGUAGCCAAGCAGAUAGUGAUGAGAGAGAAAUCUUUCACCUCGCUCUCUGACAAACGGAACGUGAAGAGGAAAGAGAAUCGGUCCAUGAUAAAGGGCGUUAGAACUAACAGAAGGUUCGAACUUCAAAUGAAAUUAAGAAAUGUGAACGCGUGA